AUGUCUCUCCAAGACAAGGUCAUCCUCAUCACCGGCGCCUCCAGCGGCAUCGGCAAGGCCACCGCCCAGCGGCUCUACAAAGAGGGCGCCCGCAUCGUGGUCAACUACCACAGCGACGACUCCGCCGCCAACGCCCUGGUCGAGUCCUUUGGCCCCGACCGCGCCAUUGCCGUCCGGGCCGACGCCGCCAACAUCAGCGACAUUGACCGCCUGGUCAGGACGACGGUGGACAAGUUUGGACGCAUCGACGUCGUCGUGGCAAACGCCGGCCUGAUGCUGAUGCGGGACGUCGAGGACACCACGGAAGACGACUUUGGCCAAAUGUUCGACAUCAACGUCAAGGGCCCGUACUUUCUCGCGCAAAAGGCCGUGCCUCACAUGCCUCCCGGGUCCCGCAUCAUCUUCAUCUCCACGGGCGUCUGCCACUACUCGUCCGUGCCGGCAAAGUACCUCCUCUACGCGGCCACAAAGGGCGCCAUCGAGCAGAUGACGCGGGUCAUGGCCAAGGGGCUGGCCGCCAAGGGCAUCAUCGUCAACGCCGUGGCUCCUGGUCCGACGGCGACGGAGCUCUUCUUCAAGGGGAAGCCCGAGAGCGUGGUCAACGCCAUCAAGGGCUGGAGUCCGUUCAACCGGCUGGGCCAGCCCGAGGAGGUGGCCAACACGAUCAAGUUUCUGGCCAGCGACGAGAGCUCAUGGGUGGUGGGACAGACGGUGCUUGUGAAUGGGGGAAUCAUGGUGUGA